UGAUAUCAAUGUCAUAGAGUAUAAAUUUUUGAUAAUCUAGAUUCACUGAAGCAAAAAUACAUGUAUAUAUGUUAACUCUCCCCCAUUGUUGUCCUCUUGUACGUUACAGGGAUACGCUGAGAGUGGAAACAAAAGCGCAACGUGCAGUUCUCGAGUGUCGGCGCCAAACAUUAGAGUGAUCUCUUGUGCCAAUAUAUAUAAAGGGCUGUUUUAACACAGCUGAAAGUUCAGCGAGCGUACCAGGAGCAUCAUUCCUCUGUUUUUAAGGAUGGAAUCAUCUACACUGAACAUGUUGUGGCAUACGGUUUUACUUAUCCUGAUGGUGGCCGUUACCUGUAAUGCCGGACGAGGUUUAGAUAUUGAUGAAGCGCUGCAACAGAUUCUGUCAGAAAAUGACCGUGAAUCCUACUACCCUUUGGACAACACAGAUUUGGACAACAGUGAGCAGGCCGUCUCCGACCUGAUUCGUAGACUCCAACCAGAAGAUCGGCUAAGCAAACGGGUCUUCUGUAAUGGUUUCCGUGGUUGUCGUGGGGGCAAGCGCACAGUGCCAAUGAAACAACAAAGACUACUUCCGGAAGAGCCACCCGUUCAGAAGCGACCAUUCUGUAAUGGGUUCUUUGGAUGUGCAAAUGGGAAAAGGUCAAUCGGUGCUCCUCUGAGACAACCAGACCCUGCACAAGAUGAAAUCGAGACAGUUGAACUGCGAAAGCGACUUUUCUGUAAUAGCUAUGGAUGUUUAAAUGGGAAAAGGUCAUCUUUGUAUCAAACGCUGGUGGAAAGACUUCGCAAUGGCAAAUUGGACAUAGGUCAGGCAGAUUCGAACCUACCGAUCCGGUCAAAUAGCGACCAACAUCCAAUCCUCGUGACGACAAGGAAAUCACUACGUCAACUCCGUGAUGACGACGAUGAAGAUGAAGAUGUAUCUAAAUUCCCCUUGAAUGCAUCAAAUGCUGCUGAAUGGUGCAAAAACUGCAAUUUGUUGAAGCUGAUAAUGCCACAACUGUACGCAUUUAGAACUGAGGAAACGUUCCAGCCACCAUAUGAUACACAACUCGUGAAUGCCGCAGAAAGGAUGUCACGUGAACUGAUGACGUCAGAUAAUCUCGCAACAGAUGACAAUGAGGAUAUGCUCUUACCGGAGGAGGCCAGAGAACAAAUUGACAACUUCCAAAUUGACAAAAAAUGCAGUCCAAUGUCAUCGUUUAGUAAAGCUUGUAAGACAAGUAAAAAGUCUCGUCAAAGACGACGACUACAACGGAAAACAUUUAAAGGGAGUCCAUGACAGCAUCCAGCUGGUUGUAUGACGUCACUGAAUGGAUUGCAUUGUAAAUAUCAGGAAAGGCUUUAUCUUAUAUAUUUUUACACCAUCUCUGCAUCUCCUAGAGCGAGACACUUAUUAUACUUUAUACUAAUUAAAGACCCAAUUAUCUUUAUCUGAGUAACUAUUGUAUGUGAGGAAAUAUGCGAAAAUGAGGAUGAGUUUUAAUUUAAUUUCAUUGUGGAUGUUGAUUUAAAUGCAGGGGAACCUCAUUAAUUCAGAAAUCUUUGGCUAGGAAUUCCCCUUUUCCGUGUACUUAUAUUCCGUUAUUACACUACAAUAAGCGAGUCACGUGACGGAAUCUCGCAUCAUUUAUCUUACCAUUUCUCAGCAGCGCUGAGGAACGCGCACCUCAUAUGUGUCGCUAAAAGAUUAUGUUGUAAAGAGAGAUAGCUUGGAUCUAUAUCAAUAUUGACAUUUUACAUCUCAUUCAUUCAGAAAUAUAGAACUGUUUUCGGAAACGUGAGGUUCUAAGUUAAGGAGGUUCUUCUGUAACGAUAGGUCUAUUGCCUCGCUAUAAACCUGAUAUCAUGAGACAUAACCACUUUAUGUUCACAAGGCUUUAAUAACCUCACUCUAAUGAAAAGUGACGUGCGAUUACAGACGUUUUCAAUGCCAAGGCAACUGAGUGCAAAAUAUUUCCUGGAAUAAGACGUGUUUGGCUCUAUGUACAUUGUUUACAGAAUCCCCGGCAUAAUACUUUGCGAAGUGACAUUGUGAGAACAGAUGAUAUUUUUCACCUCUUGUUAACCUGUUCUUGAGAAGAAGAUUUUUCGCCAAACGUUGACCAUUAGUCCCAAACAUUGCAGUUCCUGGGUUUUUUUUUAUUUAAAGGGUGUCCCGUUAAUUAGUCAUCUGUAGAGUAUUAGUGUACGGUUUUUACAUGUUUGCUUAGUCAGUGCUUUGAGUUUGUAUACCUACGUUUAUAUGUGAUUUAAAUUUUAUAUCUUAAUUUUAAACAUUUUACGGAUCGCAUUAUGAGUGUGAAUUAAAGAUUAUAUACUAUAUAUGUUAUACCAAUAAACACUUCUUUAUUUUAAUUGCGCAUGUUCCCUAAAGAUAAAGAUCACAAAAGCUAGGUUUGUUUAAAGGUUUUUAAGCAUAAUAUUAAUAUAACUAAAAUAAGAAUAUUUAUUAAAGAAUGCUAAUUGCUAUUUUAAAUUGAGAGGUUUUAACUUUAAUUUACGUUUUUUUAUACAAACAUAGAAUGGAAACGUUAUUAAAGUUUUUCAGAUGACAUAUUUUUUUUCAAAAAUUAAUUACAUACAAUGUACCUACAAAAUGAUCAAUCUAUUUCGUUUGCCUUUGUUUGAUAUGCUGGAAUAAAUAUUGCUGUAUUUUUCUCU